AUGAACAUUGAAGGUCAUGCCAGAAACUUUGAAGCAUACGAACUACCAGCAAUGUUAGAUAAGAAAGCCGACAAAACUUAUGUAGAUGAAAAUUAUGCAAAGAAGUCGGAAGUAAAUGCUGCGCUUAAUGGAAAAGCCGACAAGAACCAUACACAUGAAGAAUUUCAAACAAUCAAGAUUAAAGAAAUUAAGGCAUGCAUCGAAAUAGUAACAAAAACAGGAAGAAACGGUGCAACUGUACAAGAACAAAGAAUUUAUCCUCCUACUUUUCCUAAUGGUUUAAUAACAAACAAUAUAAAUAUUGUAGGAGGCAAUAAAGCUAUAAACGUUAAACAUGAACUUCUAACAAUGAAGGCCCAGAUUCUUCAAACCAUAUAUCCUGUUGGUUCUAUUUAUACGUCAAUGAAUUCAACAAAUCCAGCAACAGUUUUAGGUUUUGGUACGUGGAAGCAGAUUGUAGAUAAAUUCUUAUACUGUGCUAACUAUUCAAAGCAAACAGGAGGUUCGAAGAAAAUUAAAGAAGCAAACUUACCUGCGCACACUCAUACAGGAACGACAAACUUUUCUGGCGACCAUAGCCACUCAUUAAGAGACCACCCAUUAUACAACUCAGAAUAUAGAGAUGGCAAUGAUGUUUUAUCUCCAUCUUAUAACAAUGCAGCAAAAAAGAUUUUGCGACCAACUGAACCAGGAGGAAAUCAUGUCCAUACUUUCACAACAAAUCCAACAGGCUCGGGUGCAGAUUAUAUGCCACCAUUUGUGACUAUAUUCGCAUGGUACCGCGUUCAAUGA